AUGGCAAGCGGACAGGAAAACAAGAAAGGGUUUCUCAAUUAUCCGGAGGCCAAGAAAGGGCAAGUGGGCUUCUUUCUAGACGAGGUGCCGUACAAAAGUGAGAGGAAGGAGAGCCCGGCCGUCCGAGGCAUCUUCGUCCACAUCUCUGCGCUGAUUCUUGAAAACAUCGCGCCCAUCCGCCACAAGGUGUGGGAGAACGCCGGCUUUGCCGACCUCCGCGCCAUCCGGACCUAUCUCGAAUACUAUGAGCCGAGAUACGAUCCUACCGUCGUCCCCGGUGCCAACUUGUCGUCACCGUUCGAGAGUAAAGAUGACCCUCCCGAACCGGCACCGUCCCGGAUGAAGCGAGGCCCGCAUGGAUACUAUUCUGUAGCUGAUUAUCAAGCUCUGUACCUUUCCGGGGAGUUGACGCCGACGGCUGUGGCGAGGGCCUUGCUCUCACUUGUUCGGAGAGAUAUCUCACCUCCGGGUUCGCACUCCAUCGGCUGGUUUGAUACUCGUGUCGACCUAGUCAUGGCUGCCGCUGAGGCUUCAGCUCUACGCUAUAAAAACAAAGCCCCUUUGGGACCUCUAGACGGUAUUCCUGUCGCUAUCAAAGAUGAGUAUGACAUUGAAGGGUACACAACGUGUUUGGGAUCUGUCAAUGACUACACUGGUAAGGUACCUGAUGGAGAAUCCAUCACCGCUUGGUGCGUGAAGAAGAUAGAGGAAGCAGGUGCUGUCAACUUGGGCAAGCUUUCUAUGCAUGAAUUUGGCUUAGAUACGUCUGGGAACAACCCUAUUUAUGGAACACCACCAAAUCCUUACAACUCGGAUUACUACACGGGAGGCUCGUCAAGUGGCUGUGGGUAUGCUGUUGCCAGUGGACUUAUCCCCAUUGCCCUUGGCGGCGAUGGCGGUGGCAGUAUUCGCAUUCCUGCGUCGUUCUGCUCGGUCUUCGGUUUGAAACCAUCCCACGGGCGUCUCUCCUUCAAGCCGUGUAUGAACCAUUCAUCUACAUGCGCUGUCAAUGGUCCCAUCGCCGCGGAUAUCGCUUCGUUGACAGCGUUCUACCAAGUCCUCGGAGCACCAGAUCCAUCAUCCAUAUUUCCCGCUCCAUCUCUGACCAUCCUGUCGCCAUCCCUCCGGAAGAACAGGGUACUCGGUAUACCCGAAGCAUGGUUCGCCCGCGCUACGCCUGCUAUCCAAAGACUGUGUAGAUCAUUGAUAGACAAGAUGACCACAGUCCACGACUACACCAUCGUCCCUAUCACCAUCCCAUUUCUCUCCGAAGGUCAAAUCGGCCACGCCAUGACUGUCCUCACCGACGCGGCCACUCUCCUCCCCGUAACACGCAACCUCACCGCCGCAAACCGCAUCAUGAUCGCGCUCGGCACCGUCACGCCAGCCACCGACUACGUGCUGGCCCAGAAACUUCGCCAGCUGCUCAUGCAGCACCUCGCCUAUCUGUGGCAACAAUAUCCCGGGAUGGUCAUCACGACGCCGACAACCUCCUGCGCGGGCUGGAAGAUCGGAAACAAGAACGAGCUGACGUACGGCAUCAGCGAUGGGAAUAUGACGUUGAAGACGAUGGAGUACGUCUGGAUGGCUAAUUUCUUGGGCUUGCCGAGUCUGAGCGUACCCGUCGGGUAUGUGAGGCCAGAGGGUGGGCAGGGGGCGGGCGAGGAGGCCGAGGAAAGUACGGAGGGCAAAGUGCCGGUUGGUCUGAUGGCCAUGGGCGAGUGGGGGGCGGAAGAGGAGUUGCUGAGGUGGGGAGCUGAGGCUGAGGAGGUCGGCAGCGAGAGGAGGAGGCGGCCGCCGAUCUGGGUGGAUGUUGUGGCGAGGGCAAAGGAGGAGAUGUCGAGGGGCUUAGAUAAUCACGCAGAAGCAGAAGCAGUCACAUUUCGCAUUACCAACUGCUCGAAUCCCACUCUCGCUUGCGCCCAUAGGAUCGCCACGUCCCUGAACAUGGUCGGUCGGAGAAAUCAGCCGCCAGUCGUUCUCCACGUACCAACGCAUGAGAGUUCCCCGAUCACCACGACGCAUUCUGUCCGUUCUCUCCAUUCCAUCUCACCCACCGACGUCACGUCGCAAAUCCAUUUUCUCCGACCCAAACCAGAAUUCAACGAUAAUAACAACAACAACAACGGUAAUGCACUAUCAGCCACCAUGCCCUGGCCCCGGCCUCUCGAGUUCGGGCUGGUAGGGUAUCACCAUACCCCUCGUCAUCACUCACGCUCGAUCAAUGAACGAGAUGUGCUGUCUGUCUUUGCCAUUCCACCGGAUGAUGGUUCCUCAUGUCCGGAUCCACUGCACGCUGAAGAAGAAGCCGCCGCCUCGGCACACAGCAUGAAGAUGAAUGAAGCUUCGCAGUGCCUGGCCCGCCAGAUUUCCUGGGGGUACAACUGCGAACCGCUGGACUGGCACUGGCACUGGCACUGGCACUGGAACCGAGACGAGAUGACACAGGCGGUGCAGGUGCAGGUGCAGGUCAAUGUCGAUGUCAAUGUCAAUGUCAAUGUUGAUGUCAAGGUCAAGGUCAAUGUCGAGAUCAAUGUCGAGGUCGUGUGA